CGUGCCACCGAACGGUGUUGGCUGAGGCACUGUGCUUCUUUCUUCCUGUGGCCGCUGGAGAAUCCGCGGCCUGCAACCCAACCUUCGAGCAAUCAAUCAGUCCAGUGCCUACGCCCUGCGGCUGCUGCCUUCGUGGGAGAACGGACUCAUUGCAGCCCUAGUCGGUCUUCAGCAAUUGGCCACUGCCUCUGCCUUGGAACGUCGUCGGGCUUGUCCGGUAAGAAAGACACCCCUCGCUCAUUCGCUGCUGCUGGCGUCUCUCAGCACAGCAGCGGAGAAAAGGGGGGACGGACGAACAACGUCGUUGUGUUAUUAUUGUUGAGCUUCGGAGGAGGGCGUGAAGAGCGCCUAACGAGACCACAGCGCUGUGCCCGCCGCUUCGGAAGAACUGGUUGCCUGCUGCUUCUCUGGAGGGCGUCUCCAAACUUGGGCUGGUGCUCUCGGCGUUUCUGGCUUCUUCCGCGCUGCCUCCUUUUCCCCUCUGGGCACUAGCGAAGGAGAGAAAGCGAAAGUGACCAUUUAGCGUGUGGCUGAGCUGAGGAAAACUCCGAGAUCUUCACCAUGGAUAAACUAACUAAUACGAACACCCACUUUGCUCUUGAUCUCUUCCAAAAGUUCUGCGAGGCCAACCCAACUGGAAAUAUCUUCUUUUCCCCACUUAGCAUAUCUGCUGCACUUGCCAUGGUCUUCUUAGGGUCCAAAGAUAACACGGCAGCACAACUUGCAAAGACUUUUCACUUUGAUUCAGUUGAAGACCUUCAUUCAAAAUUCCAGGCACUCAAUGCUGAAAUUAACAGGAGUGAUGCAACAUACAUAUUGAAGCUUGCUAAUAGGUUGUAUGGAGAAAAGACCUACACCUUUUUGCAAGAUUUCUUGACAAGUACUCAGAAGCUGUACGGAGCUGAAUUAUCCACAGUGGAUUUCCUCAAUGCUGCAGACAGUGCACGAAAGCAAAUUAACCAGUGGGUUGAAAAGCAAACUGAAGGUAAAAUACCUGACUUGCUCUCUGAAGGCUCAGUUAAUGAACUGACCAAGCUGGUUCUGGUGAAUGCUAUCUACUUUAAAGGCAGCUGGGCAGAGAAAUUUCGAGAGGAAGACACAGAAGAUAUGCCUUUUAGACUCAGUAAGAAGGAAAAAAAGACUGUGAAGAUGAUGUUUAUGAAAAAGAAGCUUCCUCUUGGGUACAUACCUGAGUGUAAGUGCCGUGUGCUGGAACUUCCUUACAAGGGAAAAGAUCUUAGCAUGAUUAUCCUUCUACCUGAUGACAUUGAUGAUAACUCCACUGGCCUGGAACAGCUGGAGAAGCAGCUCACCUUAGGAAAGCUCCAAGAAUGGACACAACCAGGGAAGAUGUAUUCCAACUCUGAAGUUUAUGUGCAUCUGCCUAAAUUUAAGCUGGAAGAGAACUACGAUCUUAAAUCACAUUUAUCAGCAUUGGGACUGGUGGAUGUCUUUGACAGUGGCAAAGCCAAUUUGUCUGGAAUGUCAGGAGCCAGAGACCUCUUUGUGUCCAAAAUAGUUCACAAGUCAUUUAUAGAGGUGAAUGAAGAAGGUACAGAGGCGGCAGCAGCAACUGCUGCUAUGAUUAUGUUUUGUAGUUUGCCUAGGGAAGAGAAUUUUAAUGCUGACCAUCCAUUCCUCUUUUUAAUCCGUCACAACCCAACAAAAAGUAUACUUUUCUUUGGUCGAUUUGCUUCUCCUUGAAAAGUAAAAAAUAAAUUGCAGCAACACAAGUUAGAUCUUAGAGCCCACUUACAUAAAAAAUCAAUGUUGUUUCUUCAUUUUACUUGAUAUAGAAGCUAGCCUGGAGGAGAACUUUUAAGAUGCUUGUAACAAAAACAUUCCUUUUUUCAGCUUGGAUUCUCUCUUGCUCCUUUGUUGAUUCGGGUAGCAAUUUUUGACACACCCCUGUACCCUAAACUUUCCUUGUAACACCCCUCAGAUAUUAAUUACGUCAAUAAAGGUGGCCCAUUGAAGGAUGUUGCUGCAAAGCUCAACAUGGUAUAAUUUGGGGCAGUUAUGCAAUACAGGUCUUUUCUUAAUGUGGAUUAUUGAUUGUGGUAUGAUGUGAUUUCUCUUACACCCCCUUUUUGCUCUAGUGAUUUCUAGUUGUACUCAAACCAGAAAACGAUUAUUUGUUUGGUAAGGGCUGUGCUUUUAGAGGCUAUCAAGUUAUUUGGUAUCUGCCUGAGGAGCUGAAGAAGUUUCCUACAAGGAUAUAGGCUUGAAGAUUAAAUAACAUUUCAUAAGGAAUCAUAUACUUUGGAAGCUUAUCUAUGUACUGUUGCAAAGUGUGCUCAAAGGGCAUUUUGUGUCAUUCUCCAUAUAGGCUCAUAUGGUGCUUCUCGUUUGGGGAGUUAAGUGAUGGCACUAAUAUGAAUGUUCUUUAAAUACUUAGCCUGUCUGCUGACACAUUAAUUUUGAUUUUGGUGUUCUAUAUAAACUGCAUUUAAAGAUGUGACCUAUUGUUGAUGGAGGCAUAUUAAAAUGUUAGAAAAAGCUGA